UAAUUUUAAGCGUUUAAUUUUCAGUGUAAAUAUGGAGAGUGGCUGAAGCAGAGCAGGUUGACGCCCCUGGCACACCCAGGAAGCGACAGGGGUUCCCCAUUACCUCGACAAUAUCCGCGGGCUUGAUGGAACCCAUUACUGGCCGACUACGGAGUAAACUGACAGACCCCCUCCCCAACCCCACCUCCCCUACCCCCUUCAUCUGUGACGUUACGGGUGACUGAGAUAAAACACGGCAGCUUCUCCCUGAGAGCACAGUUGGUGUUCAGCAGCCCUCAAGACAAGGCCCAGCCUCCUGCUUGUGAAGCACCUACCUUAGAGAAGCCCCACCGGGAGUGUAGGCCUUCACCGUGUGGAUUACACUGUGCGUCUUCCUAUAUCACGUGUGAUUACUUCGGACAAUAACAACAAGACGGUCACACACCAUUCAACAUAGUGAAUAUGUCUGGUAACGGGAGCGGGAGUUUCCAGAGCAUGAAGACUGGGGAGCUGCCGAGGGUGGAGGUGGAGCGGCAGUACUCUGACGUGAGACUCCUGGCGGAGAGCAGCGGCGUCCAGGUCUUCAGCGCCAGACCACUCCAGCCUGGGGCUUCCUGCGUCGCUCUCAAGUGUCUUCAUAAGGACACCACCAAGAAGAAAGACUUCCUCAGGGAGUUCAACUAUAACUUAAACCUCGAUCGUCACCUCAAUAUCGUUUCGUGUUUCGCUGCUUCUGAAACCUUCAACUCGUACGUUUUGACACAAGAACUCGCUCCAAUGGGCGACCUCUCGAACUUCGUGAAGAAGGCGGGUCUAAAACAACAAGUAGCAAAACGAGUGAUUGAACAAGUUACCAAUGCCUUAGAGUUUAUGCAUAAGGAGAACCUGGUUCAUCGCGAUGUUUGUUUAGAAAACAUCUUGGUGUUCGACCGAGAGCUCUCCCGCGUCAAGCUUGGAGACUUCGGCAGCACACAGGAGGCGGGAGCCCUGGUGAAAAAGCUGAAGGUUCGGUCCCCUUGGGCGCCACCAGAAGUUAGUGUGGCCGUGUACAACGAGGGUUACCACGUCCACAGCGGCCAGGACGCCUGGCAGCUUGGCAUCCUCAUCUUCCUGUGCCUGACGGGGUCACAUCCGUGGUCAUCGGCCGACAUCACUGACCGUCACUACAACUCGUGGGUGGCCUGGCUCAAGCGUAAGACCACCAAGGUGCCGCUACGCUUCACCUGCUUCACUCCUCGUCUUCUUCGCCUCCUGCGACGCCUGCUGGAGCCCAAACCUGAGAAACGUGCGGGCGUGAAGGAGGUGUACAAGUACCUCUCUGAUCCCUGGCUUUUGGAAAAAAGCAGAUCGGUUGAUACAUCCGUGAACAACGCAUCAGCAGAAGUCUCAAUAUCCUGUAAGAAGUCACUGUUUACACGCUCAGAGAACAAACUGGUUGAGAUCAUCCGUUCUUAUAUAACACACUAUCGCUCGCUGCUGCAACAGAAAACUGCUUGCCCCUCUUCUGACGUCAAAGGAGGCGUAGUGCCAAGAGAUGUUGCUCCGGUGUUAAGAGAUGCGUCCCCCAGCAUUGGGAGAUGUUGCCUGGGUGCGAAGAGAUGCUGCUACGGUAGGAGAAGAAGUUUCCACAGUGUGACAAGAUGUUGCCGAGGAGUGAGGAGAGAUGUCCGUUCAAAUACUCGAAUUGAAACGUGAAUCCAAGCCCGUCGACGUGUGGCUCCCGCCGGCGUGAACCGCCUGACUCACGCCAAGUGAGUCAGGCCAAUAACUCACCACAAGCCAUAACUAAAGCAGCUGAUAUCAUGCCCCUUUCAAGCAACCUCUGUGUGACUUAAACUCCACCAUCUGCUUGACCUGGGAGCUGGUUGGGACCAGGGCAGCGUGGAUAGUGCUGCCGCCUGCCUCGGGAUGAUGGCCAUGGCACACCUGCUACCAUAGAUGUUAAUGCUAAACUCUCGCUCAUAGAAGUUACUCUUGAGACUUGGCAUAGCUACUUCGGCCUGUCCACCUUCUGUGUCCAUACUCGUGACCUGCUUCCUUGGUCACAAAUUUUCAUGUUUCGUCUCAAAGUUUAAGGAACGCCAAAUUUACCAGGGAACAUUGCUAUCAUUAUACAUGUUUUCUUAAUGCUAGAAUUCUUUACAAUAUCAGGAAUUCUGUAAAAAAAAAAAAAAAAAAACAUAGUGAGAGUAGCACUAGAAUUUAUAUCACAAUUUUUAUAUCUUGUACGAGUCUGUGUCUGUAACUAACUUAAUUUUCAAAAAUGUAUAAUCGAUGUUUAAUGUAUAAUAAUGUGUAUAAUAGAGGUCACUUUACCUCUUGAAAUGUAUAUGAUAGCGGUAUUCAAUAUAUAUAUA